AUGCGCUGCACAUUCUCCUCCUUGGUGCUGGCCACCCUCGCCAUUGGCCAAGCAUAUGCUGCCACUGUUUCUGGGGUUCACUCACAUCUGCACAACCAUGCUCACCGCAGGCAUGACCACGUAGAGAAGCGUGAGGCCGCUCUGACCGAUGCCGAUGCCUCGAAACUCAGCUCCAUGGGUGUCGCAUCGCUCGGUGCCAAUUCGUACACGGCCAACGGACAAGCCUGGUUCGGACAGGACGGCCCUUACCAGAACGAGUUCGUCAACGACUCAGGUGAGGAUUUGAUCUUGGUCAUCUGGGGCGUUGCCGGAUCGUGGAUCAAUGCCGUUCAACCGAUUAUCACCGCCUCGCUGCCCGCGAACCAAUCGACCUGGGUUUCGUUUGCUGACGGUGCCUCGGGCGCGUGGACCGCCAUCUACAGCGACACCCAAAUGGUGAACGGACAGGCGAGCAACACCUGGGGUGAAUACACCUUUGGUGAGUGGGGCGUCGUCGACGUGUCGCGUGAAGUCAACAUGAACGGGCACGCCAUGAGCAUUGUCGGACCGACCUGCACCACGGACAUGGACACCUGCGUCUUCGUGUGCUCGUCGGGCGACGUGUGCAUGACCGGCUACCAGCUCCUCAACUGCGAAAACGGGUCUCAACCUGGUGCCAACUACGGUACUUAUGACGGCUCGCCAAGCGGGGGCUGCGGUGGCAUGGGCGCGUCUGCCACGUUGACAACCACCUUCUCAUAA